AUGUCAAAUGUUAUGAUUGACGAUGAAUCAAGUCGUUUAAAACAUUUUAUAUGGGAAGAACUAGAUGAAAAUUUUUUUAUUGCAGUGAUAUUUCGUUCAGGUCGUCGUUAUUUUGUUCAACGACAUUUUGAACAACAAUUAUUUGAUAUAAAAUCAUCAUUAAUUCAAAAUAAAUGGCGACGUUGUUUAUUAGAAGUUAUUUCAAAUUCUGUAUCACCUAUUUAUAUAACAUUAAAUGAAGUACAAUUAAUGCAUGAGAUAUUUUCUUGGCAUUUAAAUUAUUCUAAUAAUUAUAUAAAAUUACGUGAAAAUAUUGAUUAUAUUAUUGAUUUUGAAGAUUUAAUUGAUAGUUUUAAUUCAAUAUUAUUAGAUGAUAACAAUAAUAAUAAUACAAAAUCAUUUAUUAUAGAACCAGUUACAACAUUAGAUGCUGCUAGAAAAAAUAUUGAAAUGUGGAAAAAUUUACAAGAAAAUAUUAUUGAAAAUAAUACAAAUCAGACUAUAGACAAAAGAGUUAAAAGAAAAAGAACAAGAACACCGAUACUAAAUACUCCAACUAUUACGCCUACUUCUACUAACUCAUCAUUGCAAUUCGAUCAAUCUUCACUAACUGGAUGGAUUCAAUUAGAUUCUAAAAUAGUACCAUUUAUAAAAAAACAAUGUGAUCGUCUACUUCCAGUUGAAUAUCUUUUAAAAGAACAUGUAAUAAGUUCAUCAGAAGAUUUUUCUUUACGUUCAUUAUAUAUACCAAUAAAUGAAGAUGAUAUUCAUAUAUUUAAAAAUUUAAUUCGUCAAUCAUCAUCAUCAUCAUCAAAAUUUGUAUUAACAAAUUAUUCAUCAUUAAUUACACUUGAUCAUUUAAUAUUUCGUUUAAAACGUUUAUUUUUUAUUCGAUUUCUUUCAUCAUCAAUAAAUAUUGAUUAUAUUGAUUAUAAUCAAGUUAUGUCAUAUAAUGGUGGUUUAUUAACAUUAACUAAUAAUAAAAAACAACAUAUACCAUUUAUUUAUAUCAAUAAAGAAAAAUAUAUUCCACAAAUAGAUCAUAUGAAUUUUUCAUUUAUAUCUACGUUUUGUAUGGCAAAUAAAUAUGAAUUAGAAUUUUUACGUUUAAUAGCAUUAUAUGAUUAUUUAUCAUCCGAUGAAAAUAAUGAUAAUCUUAUUAGUUUAUUAGCAAUUAAUAAUUUAACAUUAAUACCAAUCGAUUGUUAUUACGAAGAAAAACUUAUAAAAGUAAUGUCUUUAAAUGAUUUUCAUUAUAAUGAAUAUCAAAGACGAUUUAAACAACAAAAGUCUCUUAUUCAUUUUGAAGAUAAUCAACAAUUAUCAAGUGGAUGGUGGCAACCUCCUGCGUCAUCAUCAAAACAAAAACCUCUAUCACAUAUUAAAUUACAACGACCUAUUUUAUUUUAA